GGUAACAGUUCGCACUGCUACAUAUUUCACUCCUUUUGUCUGUAUCCCAUGUCUUGCCUGAGAUCUUGAAGAGUGGCACUUUCCGGCUUGGAACUCUAUCGAAUCUUUAAAGUGGCUCCGCAACGAAGUCAUGAAGUUACCCCGUCAUACUAACCACCGACGGUGAAGCCCUCUUUGUUCGCAUCCUUGUCUGGGUUUUUUGACACUACCUCUGAUCAAACUCAUUUCUCUCUCAUCUGAAAAUUCAUCAUGAGUUUUCUCGAUUCUGUUCUCUCGUCCAUCGAGACGGGCAAACCGUCCCCAAUCCCUCAAGUCGCCUCCAACGUAUCGCCACCUGUCACUUCCUCUACUGCCAGAACCGAAGUACGCAAGACCAGUCUUGGACCACGGAAUGCUCCCCCAACAACAGAACGGAAACCCCUCACGCAGGGGAUAAAGCGCAAAGCCGAUGAGCCGCUGCCCCGUUCUUCAAAAUUGGCACCUCCAGUCCCUCUCAGAUCAAAUGCCACUAAGCCCACAGUCUCCGCAGCUGGAAAGGCACGUCCCAGCGCUCCCACAGCAGCCGUGGCGUCUGCCUCCACAAGUCGCUCAUCCACGCCUCAAAGAUCAGCGCAGGUGUCCUCGAAACCACCCCCCAAAGGCUCCUUUGCAGAUCUCAUGGCCAAAGCCAAGGCGCUACAAGAAAAGACCCCCACCCAGGUGGGUAUGUUCAAGCAUCAGGCUGCUGCUAAGGAGAAGCUUAGCAAGGUAGAACGAAAGAAACGAGCGACAGAAGCUCAAACCAAAGAGAAGGAGAGUCGGUCGGCUAAAAAGCCUGGUGCCACUACUACUGCAGCUGGAAGUGCCAAACCUGGCGUUACGAAGCCUGUGAAAAAGCGGGAGCCGGAAGAGCUCUCCUACAAAGGCACUUCGCGACCUACACCCCGUCCCGCACAACCCGGAUAUCGUGGAACAGCGGGCUUGCCGGCCAAGCGGAAUCCCAGUGACCUCAGGGCCCAGUCUCGGAACAAGCGGUCGAGAAUGGAUGAGUACUUGGGAACCGAUGAGGAAGACGAGGGUGACUAUGCCGACGACUACGAUGACUACGAUUCGGGAUCUUCCGAUAUGGAGGCCGGCUACGAUGCUAUGGAGGAGGAAGAGGCUGCUGCCCUGGCAGCAGCCAGGCGCGAGGAUGAGGAGGAAUGGAAUGCUGAACAGGCAGCCAAGCAGGCUAAAAUGGAACGCCUCAAGAAGCUCAAUGCGCUGGCUGCGCGUCGAUAAUGUGGUGGAAGCAUACAAUGGACGAACAAAGAUUUGACUACUAUGUGGUCUCCGUAUACAUAGGCGGACCCGCCCUGUCACUCCGUCAUUUUCCUAUGUGUUUUGUGAUUUUUUCCCUGGAAGCGGAGCAUCAGCGAGGAAUACCCCGAGGGUGCAUUACAUAUGUCGUUGCUGUUUUCUUUCUUUUCUUGCCCUUUUGCUGUCUUUGAAGUUGUUUCGAUGAGCAUCAGCGAGCAUCAAGGUGUCGAUAGAUGGAGUGUUGAAUCGUCUUCUUUCGAGUCACAUAUUUUUAUCAUAACUUCUAUAUACAAUCAUGGGGAGCGUCGCUGUUGUCUAGUUUGAGCUUCGAGCUUCAGGCCACACUUCAGGACCUGGACUCUGCAAUAG